UCCUCUCUCCCGUCCCCAGACCUGAGUUUGGGUCGAAGUGCUUGGUGUUGCUGCCCUGGUCUCCCUGCCGGUAACCCCAACGAUCCUGGGCCCAUUCUGCACAACCACAACUUUUACUACAACUUAAGUUUGAAUCUCAGGAGUCCUGAUAAUGGAUCAGCUCAAGUACCACAGCGCAGGCGUCCAGGAGAAGCUGGAGAUCGCCGGGGUGGAGGACGAGGCCGGGAACCCCAUCAGCGCCCUGACCAUCCUGUCUUUGCUGGAGCGCGUGGCCAGCAUCAUCGAUAACGUCCAGUCCUCCCAGCAGCGCAUGGAAGAGCGUCAGCAGGAUCUGGAGAACAACAUCAAGACCAUCCAGGGGGAUGUCCUGAAGCUGGCGAAGGACCACACCGACACCAGCGGCACCGUGGAGAAGCUCCUGCAGAAAACCCGCAAAGUCAGCGCCAACGUCAAGGAGGUCCGGACACGCGUCGAGAAGCAAAACGUCCGAGUCAAGAAGGUGGAGUCCACGCAGGAUGAGCUGCUCACCCGCAACAAGUUCAGAGUCGUCAUCUACCAGGGUGAGACAGAGGUCCCAUCAGUGGCCGUCACCAAGUCCCCCAAAGGACCCGGCCUGGAGGGGCUGGAUAUGGAGCCAGACUCUUACGACGUCCCCGCCGACCUCUCCUCUGAUGAGGAGUACCUCAGCCUGGAAGAAGCCGACCCCUCGCGAGCUGCUCGACUCAAGAAGUCGGUCAUGAAGAGCACAGAAACACUGAAGGCCGCCUUCUCAAAGGAGAACAUGAGCAAAACCAAAGAUAACCUGGGCACCAGGUUCCACCACCUGGGCGAGAAGGUGAUGCCGCCCGAGCGGAGGGAGAAGAUGCACCAGGCCGGCGAGCGGCUGAAGCAGUCUGGCGAGCGGCUGAAAGAGAACAUCGCCAAGAAAGCUCCGAGCAAAGAGGCUUUCCGCAUCAAGCUGAAGAAGGAGAGAGCUGUCGCCGAAGGCCAGGAGGGCGCCGAGGCCGAGCUCCAAGGGAAGGAGAGCAAGCCGGAAGAGAGGGUCACCUACACCGAGGUCGCACUCGAGAGCAAGAGGGAGGGGCCUGUGGAGGAAGCUGGCGCCACCCGGAUAGCAGAGGAAGAUCACAGGAAGUAGAAGGCCCAAAGUAGGACACAUCAGAGAGAAGGUGAUUGGUCGACAUCAUUGAAGGACAUUUUAUUUGUCUGACUGUUUAAAGGAGGAAGUUAAUACUGACACCAGAAAAUUCAUCAGAAUAUCAACUGGUUAUUUAAAAGGUUCGCUAGAUAUUUAAAUCAGCUGAUGCACGGAGACAAAUUCAGGUUUCUUUAAAUAAAAGGUCCAUAAAGUGUGAAAGGUGCAGAUGAGGUCGAGGUUUAAUUGCACAACGUGUUUGAAGGGAAACGAAAGACGUCAGAUGGCGAUGAGAAAUACAACGGAAGUUUAAGAUUUUUUUAUCGGGAUGUUCAUAUACAGUAUACAAAUAUAUAUGUAUAUUUACACAGGAGGGGUAAAACUGGCCUCAGCUGGUCUCUGAGACGCCUGGUGGGAAAAGACACCAACACAGAGUUGAUGUCAGGCUGGUUUCAGUGUGCAGAGGAGGCGACAUCAGCCAGCGCUUUAACUUUAAAUAAACCAAUGACCUCACAGAAGCCACUGAAAAGGUUUUUGAAAGUGUUUAUGAGACGUGGUGCCAAGCAGGAAGUGACAAUUUUAGGAACUAUUCGUCUACAGACUGUACAUAAAGGAUGGACAAUGCUGUCUUGAAGCCAAUGCAGUAUAAACCUGCAUUCUCUGACCAGCAGGGGGCGCCUCCCCUAUAAGUAAGCCCUCAGUUUCAGGGGUUUGUGACCUCACUGAUCUCUUUCCAGUUUACUUUAUGGGCUCAGUUUGAAGUCAUAUUUAAUAAAACAUUUUUCAGAAAGGAGCUUAAAUCAUUUAAAGAUGGUUUAAAACCGUUUAAAAUUUAGUAAAAGUGUCAACCGAACAUGAAGAAGAACACAGGAAGUGUUAAGGAAUGUCAAACAUAGAGAGAAACUGUAACAUCAGCGAAGUAUUUAGAACUGGAACGCUGCCACCUUGUGGUUAAAGUUUUCAUUAAAUUUUGCCGUCAGUUUUUACAGAAAGUACCUUUAAAUCUCAGCGUGAACCGGUUAAAGAUACAUGUUGUUUUACAUCUUUGUUUACAGCAGGUUAAAUAUUUAAACCGAGUAACCCGUGUUUUCUUUGGCUGCAUCAUUCCACAAAAACCCCCCAAACUCGCCAAACGGACAUCUUUUUGUUUGUUUUUCCCCUGAAAUGACAUCAGAAACUUUGGGAUGUCCAAGAGAAUUUAAAUAAAGUUUGAUUAAAGCUGUCAAACAGGUUUCAUUAAAUAUUUGCAAGGUGCAGCUUUAGGUUUAAUAGAGGAGCAGAUGCAGGAACUGGUGCUAAAACUAAUAAAAAGUUUGCAUGGAGUCGAGAGCGGUGCAGCCCCUUCUAGCUGUGACAUUAGCCAGACUGUAAUUACUGUCUGAAAUUGAAUGUGGUGGAUUUGAGGCGGUCUGAGCUCUGGUGUUGGUGGCUUCAAAGGUUUGUGAGAGAUUUUGGCGUAUGAAUGUUUUAUUUUUUGCUGCUUGAUAUUCAUAGGUUCUUUUGAAGUUCAGUGAGCACGCUGAGUUUAUUCUCCUGCAGUGAUUACUGAGGUCGCCGCCUUCAUCAGGAUCACAGGAUUUAAAGUUUUCCACGCUUCAGUCAUCAGAUACUCUUUAGAGGCUUUGCUUUCAUAGCGCUGUCGUGAUACAUUAGUGCUGUGCCUUAUUUUGAAAAUACACUUCCUGUAUAUCUUACUACUUAUGCUUCUGUGUUGCUGAGAGAGUUUAAUGCAGUAGAUUAUAUUUAGACUCACUUCUUGGUUUUCUUUUUUCACUUUUGAUUACAGCUCAGCUUCCAUUUUUACAAUAAUCAGCCACAACGAUGAAAAACAGCUGCCUUUGUUCACUUUGAUUUGUUUUUGUAUAAAUAAAGUUCUUGUGAAACCUUG